AUGCGCGUCCAAACUGUCGCAACCGCCCUCCCCCUGCUGAUGCUCGCGUCCAGCGUCGCAGCCGUGGACUGUUCAACCCACAGCUUCACCACCUGCGCCGACAAGAUCUACACCGGCACCGAGACCCGAGCCACCAGCAAGUCAUAUCUUUCUUGCUGGUCACCCUCGGCCAGUGCCACCCAAACGACCGAGAGCAUUGCUGAGACCACCGCUGAGUCUACCUCUUCCGCCUCUGACGAACCUGUAACUGCCACCUCGACUUCUGUUGUAACCGCCACUUCUCCCACCACGGUCGUCGUCACUUCCACCGCGACUGGAAGCCAUAUCAGCGACGCUGCUACUAGCCCCUCCACUACUCCGGCGGCUUCUCUUUCCUCCAGCCAAGGCGCCACUGGUAGUGGAAGUGGAAGUGACACUGCUAGCAGCAGCGGCUCUGCUUCGGCUCAAACAACGACGACUUUCAACGCUGCCGGUGCGUUGACUGGGUCGCUUGCCGCUGUUGCUGGUGUUGCUCUUGGUGCGAUCGCUUUUGUCUAA